AGUAGCAAACUUGUGCCACACGCCGUUAGGUGGCCCUGUCGUGAAUGCGGCAGCCGUCACAGACAUAGACGCACCGAUUCGACGCUGGUGUGUGUGUUGCAUGUGGAGGAGGCGCACUUGCACUCGCACUCGCACUGCAGCAGUCGCAGUCGCAGCGACGUCAGCGCAAACAACACAACGGUAGUUGGGCACCUACACUCCUUGUGCCCGGCCUAGCCAGGGCAACAAUACAAACAUUUUUUGCUUUUCCUUUAUAAAUGCCGUCGCGCGGGAAUCGUCUCUUUGUAGGUAUGCGUGUGUGUGUGUGUGUGAAAACAGCAAACACGUAGCAAUAACGAUACGAAAAAACGUAAGGCAAAAUAUUGCAAAUAGAGUGCACUUUCACAUUGCUGUACAGCCGAUCGACUGCGGCGACAGCGCCAACGUUAACGUCAGCGCCAACAUUGGCUUGUCUUUGUGAACGACGCGACGGCCGCCUUACGGCUGCUUCCUGCCUUUGACUUUUAUUGUGUCACGCGUUUGCCGAAAACAAAAAAAAUAUAUCAAUAUGUAUAUAUAAAUAAGAAUAAAACAUAACUCCGUUAGGGCUGGCUAGUGAAAGUCUAUUUUUCAAUAUGCAAUAAGGAUGUCCUCGAUUCUUAUAGUCCGCGACAGCUGCCCAAAAUCUCCUCGAACGUAAAAUUCAACUUCUGGUUCUCCGGAAAUAAAUAACCGGAACCACGCAACGAACGCACAAUGAAUUUCACACCCUUUGGGAACACGUUUCCGGGCCUUCCACAGUUCACGACGACGACGUCGCCGUUGGUGUCGACGGUAACUGCCGCUGUGGCCGUUGCCGAUGCCGAUGUGACUGCGGCCAACAACAACAAUCAACAGCAACAACAGGAGCCCGGCGGCAGCGCAAAUCGCUACCAACAACAACAACAACAACACCAGCAACAGCAACAACAGCAGCAGGUGACGUCGGGCGUAUCUAUGGCGCACUUCAGCCAGCCCAGCAGCAGCGCCGCCGCCGGCAGCAAGUUUCGCAGCGGGCAGGAGGAGGCGCUGCAGGGCGAUAAAUACAAUGGGCAUUUGCAGCAGCAGCAGCAACAGCAGCAGCAACAACAACAACAGCCGCAAUAUGCAACAGUCUAUGCAGCCAGCGCCACGACGAGCGCUGUGGAUGCUCUGCAGGCGAGCAGCUCCGGACAGCAGCAGCAGCAACAACAACAACAACAGCAGCAGCAGCAGCAGCUGCAACAGCAACAAGUGGUAGCGCCGCAGGAGCUGACACAGGAUCUAUGCAAUGCCAUAUUGCAGCAACAAGUGCUACAGAAUACCUCCUGGCAAACGAUCACGCCCGGCACCACCGUCGCCGACUACCUCUCGCAUCUUCCAGCCAACACGUUGCCGCUGUCGCUGCACCACUUUCUCAAGUACUCCGCGGAGACCAUCAAAAAGGAGAACCAGCAGAAUGUGGUGCUGCAGGUGCAGACGGGACCAGGCGCCGCCAUUGGCAUCAACACGAUUGGCACAACGACAACCAUAAGCAUACCUCAGCAGGAGCAGCAGCCGCUGCAUCAGCAACAGCAGCAGCAGCAGCAGCAACAACAGCAGCAGCAGGCAACACUGCAGUUGCAGUCGCAGGUCGCUGUGGCGAGCACCUCGACAGCCGUAAGUGGUGUCAAGAAGAAGAAGCGCAAAAAGCGCUCGAAAGAGCGCAAGCCAAAGCUGCGUCCCGGCGAGAUUCGCAUGGGCACUGCACUGGACGGCAGUCCGCUCUAUAUGUGCCCCGAAUGUCAUGUGGCCUAUCCGGAGCCGGAGUUGCUCGAGGUGCAUCUGGUGGGGCACAAUCUGGAGCGGCGCUAUGUAUGCGAUAUAUGUCAGGCAUCGCUCAAGCGCAAGGAUCAUUUGACGAGGCACAAACAGUCGCACAAUCCGGAACGGCCAUACAUCUGCACGGUCUGUUUGAAGGCCUUUAAGCGCAAGGAGCAGCUGAGCCUGCACUUUGUCAUCCAUUCGGGCGAGAAGCGACAUCAGUGCCAGGAAUGCGGCAAAGGCUUCUAUCGCAAGGAUCACCUGCGCAAACACACACGCUCCCACAUAGCCAGGCGCGUCAAGGCCGAGCUAAAUAGUCAUGUGCGGCGCGAGAACGGCACCAGCAUGUUGCAGCCGGUGGUGACGGCUGCCACAACGGCGGCCGUGCAGCAUGCCAAUCAGCAGCAGCUACAACUACAGCAGCAACAGCAGCAGCAACAGCAGCAACAACAGCAGCAACAACAGCAGCAACAACAGCAGCAGCAACAACAACAACAACAUCACAUUGUCGUCAGCCAACAACAACAGCAACAAGCAACUGGGCAGCAGCAACAACAGCAAAUGCUAAAUUAGCCAAAUGAUUUUUGUAAAGUCAGUUAAAUCAAAAUUCAAAAACCCCUUGACACAUUUGAACAUGCAACAUGCAACACGAGACAGCAACAACUGUUGCUGCUGCUCGCAACAAAUUCAAGUCCAAAAAAAAAAACUCUCUCUCGGUCCACGCAAUUUAAUUGACUCACGCAAAUCGGAUACAAGAAUAUCGUUGACGAUAUUCAGCAAUACAAUAGCUAAUAUUUGAAGGACCUCCCAUUAUUGGGGGGCAUCGUUCAAUACUGUACAAUUAUUCCUAGGAAACAACGUGACACAAAGCUAGUCCUAAAAAAGUGCUAUACACCUGGGACCUGAAGCUUAAUUAACUUGAUUUUUAUAUAAAAUAAAUUUAUAGCGAUCGCUCGCACAAUUUGCAAAAAUUCAAAAAUGAAACAGUUCCCAUAUUCCUAUGCAAUAAUUUGAACUAUUCAUCAUCAAAAUAAUAAUGUAAAUAUUCUUUUUAUCGAGCGAUCAUUGUAAAUAAUCGUAUAGCAAAAAUGUAACAGCUAAAAGUAAUCAAUUCUAUUGUGAAGGAUUGUUCGUCUUCUUGUUUAAAUAAGUCCAACUGUUCUUAUUAUUAUUAUACAACUUUUACCAAUUAAGUUCAAACAUGAAAACUGUAUAAUAAUGGUAAAAAGCGAUAGUCGAUACCAUUUUAUAAACUUCAUAGGUCCGAAUAUUGGUCCUUUGUUUCGUGUCCAAAUUACAGGGUAUAAUUAUUUAUUCGAUAUGUUUUCAAAUCGUCAAUAUUAUUUUAUAUAAAACAAUUAAACUUCAAGUAAAGGUCCCAGAGAGCCGAUGUGAUAUUCUGUCGGCCGUACUUUUAAGACAAAUGUGCAAAGAGAUUAUAAUUUUAUAUGCGAAUCGCGUAUUUUAGUAAAAUGUAUUUUUGUAUAAAAGUGAAUCUAUGUAAAUAUCUGAAAGAUCAAAGAACACGGUGUAAAUGCAGCAAACUAUUUAUGUACUCUUAAUAACGAAACAAAGCGCAAUUUAGCUAUAAGUACGAACUAGAUACUAUGAAUGUCCUUCGACUUUUGAUAACACCGAUUAAAACAUUUGUAAAUACA